AUGGGAGAUGUAAUGUAUUAUAUAAAGGUGGAUAUACACGAGGUGAAGGAUGUAUUAUAUAAGGAAGAGAGUACAGAGCGUGAGAUAAUUCCAAAUGUGUUUGUUGAGGCUUCAUUUAAAGACUACAGCAAUUAUACCCAGACCAAGGAGCAUUCCUCAAACGCCUUUUUCAACGCCUCUUUUAACUUCACACCUAAACUCAGCCCUUCAGAGUUCGAACGAGGAAGAAUUAUCGUAGCCCUGUACCAUAAGGAAGGAAUUGCUAGCUAUAAGAAACUCAUCGGACAUCAUGCCUUCAGCCUUCCACUGAUUUACUCUAAACAACAACAUUGUAUUCAUAGAUCAUGGGUUAAAGUUUUUAACCCUAACUUUCCAACUCAUAACGCUGGAAGUAUGUUGGUGUCAAUAUCAGUAUCAGCACCAGGAGAUAAACCUGCGGUAUUUAAGGAUGAUGAUUUAUCAGGCCAAGGCCUAGGAACAGAUAUUGCUCAGACUGGAAUAAGAUUCAAUAAGGUGCCAGAGAUGAAUUUGAAGAAUUAUAUGCUUUAUCUAAAUGUGGUUUGUGGAAGAGACUUCAUGCUAAAAAAUCUAUCAUACUCAGAGAUCAGACCCUCAGUAAGAUUAUCGCACUUUGGAAUUUUUGAAGAAACGCCACCAAUGAAUGAUAAUACUAAUCCUGAAUGGCAAACAACUCUAUAUAUACCAUGCCUUACACCUUCAUUUGAUGAGACGGUAACAGUGGAAUUUUAUAAUGGAACUGAAUUGUUACAAUUUGAAUCAAUUGACUUGGUUCACUUGAUUAAUAACGGAUUCCCCCCCAAAUGGAUUAACAUUUAUUCCAAAGGUGUUGGUAAUCAAAAUUCAAACUUGUUGGGUGGAAUUUUGAAGUUUUUUUCUGAUUCAACGAGUUCACUGACUGAUUAUUUUGGGCGCAUUUUGAUAAGUGCGUCAGCGGAGCAGGUGCAGACGUUGUAUGUAAAGGGUAUUAAGCCGUGUAGGUCAAUUUCUCUGCCUCCAAUCCAGGAACGUAAAAUUGCGGUUGACAUUUACGAAAUCGUCUCACUGGAUCAUAAAUAUAGGUUCAUUGAAGUUAUAAUUUCACAAGGUAUUUUCUCAACCAAAAGCCGUGUUUUCCAAUUAAAAAAUAAUGGGUCUUAUGAAAUUAAUGAUAUUACCGGUAGAUUACAAGUUUUCGAACCUUCAUUCUCAUGUACCUCACGCACAAUAUAUAGCUAUAUAAUUAUAUGGUUAAUUAGUUGUAAUAAUGGAAUAGCGAAUGAUGAUGGCGAUUUGUGCGAUUUUUUUAUAUACGUAAAUUCAUUGUCUGACGGUACAUGCGAACGAGUUUCAUGGGCUCGAGUACCAUAUGAGAAGGUGAAAAAUUCUGAGACCAAGCCGAUGUGGAUAUUACUUUCCUCAUUCGCCAAUGAACCGAUUGAUCUCUUUAACAUUCUUCUAUCAUUUGAAGUUUCGUCUAAUAUCGCAGGCUUCGAAAGAAAGGAAAGAAUUAAAUAUAACCUCGCUAGGUAUAACUUCAGGUGCAUGAUCUAUGAAGCCUUUCAAUUGCCGUGUCUCGAAACCAAUUGUUAUCCCUCAUCAUAUAUCGAAGUUGAAUUGUCCGGAGUUAAUAUAAAGACGGGAUUAGCUCGUGAUAGUACAAAUCCGUAUUAUUUUUGUUCAAGGGAGGAGGAGGUCUAUCUCCCAACUAACCUUUUGCUUGCACCAAAUAUAAACAUUAGUGUAUUCUAUGAACAAAGCUCUGUCUUCUCUAGACCCCGUUUGGUUUGUACUGGCCAGUACAGUUUAACGAAUGUUCCUCGUGAGUGGACUUGGGCACCGCAGUGGCUGAAGUUGAGAUCACUUUUAAACCCAAUGCAUAAGCCUAGAGUAUUGGUAGCGUUUGAAUUAAUUCCAUCAGCUGAGCUCACACGUUCACCUGAAAGUUUCCCGUUUUUUGAGGAUAUCGUUCCUUCAACUCGGUCGUGCAUUUUGACACUUGUUUUACUUGGAAUUCGGACCUUUAGUUUACUAGAAAAUCCAAGAGUUCAAAUUCGAUUCAAAGGAUAUGAUACCUUCAUUGAUCCAGAAUGCCAUUCACAUAAAACAGCCAACGGACAUAAUUCACAUAACUCAGGAAAUUUAGGGGAAGGGUUCGAUAUAUUGAAUGUUACAGGAAAGGCAACGAGCGGUUCGUACGGUAAUUGGAAUUUUUUAACAACACAUGUAAUAAACCUUGAACUUCCAAAACGUAUGCAUCACCAUUCUUGUUUGGAUCUUCAAGUUAUAUGUGAUAAUUCAGCAGGGCCACUUGGAUCCACGGUUCUAACGCUAAAUCAGUACUUCCCAUGGUUAACCCCUACGGAAAGGAAACUGAGUAAUGAAAUGUUUAGGAUGGAAUUGAUUGACUGCUUCAACAGUUCAGCUCCGAGUAACACUGUUAACAUUAAUAAAAAUCUCGAAGAUGUUAAUAAUAUUAACGUUGAAUUCGUUGACGAGAUUGAUGCAGUCUCCAAACAUAAAUCCAGGUUCCAUGCCAUCGAUAGUAAUACUAAUAUUAAUGCUUCUGUGAAUAGUGUAGACAAUAACUGUGUGGGAAAUGACGUAACGAGUAAAUCAAAAAUUGCUAUGGAAGGCCAUAACAAUAUUGAUAACAUUACUAGUGAGACUACUAGUGCUAGUGAUGCGAGGGACACUGUCAUAAGGAUAGACGAAGGAGAUGAAGUUGAUAAGUUGAUAGAUGAAGAUGAGUUGGAUUUCGAGAUUUUGAUAGAUGAUAGUAUGAAUAGUUUAAUGCGUGAAGAGAUUUCAUACGAGUUGGAAGCUGAGAUGACUGAAGAAGCAUUUCAAUAUAAAAAAGCACCGAUCCUUCGAUUUAAUGAAAAUGGAAUACCUGAAGUCAUUGGCAUACUCAAAUUCAUUAUCCAAAUACAAGAAUCGUCAAAUAAUCGCCAACAGCAACUAAAACAGAUAGAAAUAAUGCAAAGGGAAGCGGAUGAGAAGAUAAGGAGAUUUCGGAGUAUGUGGGAUGAUGCAAAGGAUUUAGUGGUUCGCGCAUAUAUAUUAGAAGCCAAAGGUCUUUAUACUAGUGGCUUAAUAAAUGAUUCUAUUUCUAUAAAAAAUAUAACUGGUGAAGAUUUAACGUAUAUUUGGAUACGGAAUAUUGACGAUCAACACACUAAUACCGGCAACACCAUCAAUAAUAAUAAUACCAGAAGUAGUGUUAAUAGGAGUAUGUUAUACCCAUAUAGUAUUAAAGAUUUAAAUAAUGGCAAGAAAGGAUUAAAGCCGAUUUUUAACCAAUGUUAUAAUUUAAGUUGUAGUUUACCAGAAAAUUCAAUUUUGAGAGUUUCAGUCAUGAGUAAAUCAGCUUUAAGUGAGACAAUUAUUGGUACAACAUAUAUUGACUGUGAAGAUAGAUUUUUUAAUGCACGUUUAAGGGAACUGAUGUUAGGUGAGUUGGCUCCAGUUGAGUCUCGAGUCUUAAGGGGUGAGGAACAGCAAAUGGGAGAAACAAUAUCCCGAGGUGUUUUACGUAUGUGGUUGGAAGUACUUAGAGCUGAGGAUGCAAGAGCUAAACCGAUCCAGAAUUUGGGAUCACUGGAUCCAGCAAAUUAUGAGUUGAGGGUUGUAAUUUGGCGUGCACGUUGUUUUUCCGAUGAAACUUCGGAAAUAUCACUUUACGUUUGUGGCUUUUACCAAAAUGAACUCGGAGAAUUUGUUCAGAAAACUGAUACACACUAUCACAGUAAGGAUAAAAUCGGUAUUUUUAACUGGCGUUUUAAAUACCUCGUCACCAUCCCAACUGAAUACACUAAUCUCAAGUUACAACUAUACAGUUACACUCUUUUGAAAGAUGAAGUUAUUGGUGAAGCUAAUAUUGACUUGGGUUAUGAGUUUCAUAGAGUUUGGAAGAAGAAUCGACUACACUCAAUUCCGAAAUUCACUGCUAACCUCUAUAGCCUCGCUGAUAGUAGUAAAAUUGUUGGUAGCGUUGACGUUGAAAUUAGUCUUUUAAAUGAAAGUGAUAGUAAAAGAUACCCAGUUGGUGCCGGAAGGGAAGAACCUAAUAGAGAUCCGUACCUGCCAAAGGUUAAUCAGAACCGGAACUUUGUGGACUUUGCUGGUUUCGGUGAUACCUUCGUCAACUUUGGCAAUAAAAUUAUCUCUGGGAUCAAAACUACCGGUGCGAUCAUUGUUGUACUAUCUAUUUUCGCUCUUGCUAUUGUCAUUCUCAUUAUUAUCAAAUAA